GACACACUCUACCAAAUGGGCCUGCUUGUUUCUUGCUUUAAAACCUCACUUCAUAUUUACAGCAGGAUAGAAUCCAAACACCGAGCCAGGCAUUUGAUACCCUUGAUGUGACAUAUUCUGCCUCCUGUUCUUUUCACCCUCACCAAGCCGAACAGCACCACCUCUCCCCCACUUUGAACACAAGUUGCUUAUUUUUGCCUUUGCUUCAUUUCUUUUCCCAUCUUUACAAAUUCUUUGUUCUCUAAAUCUCGUGAUCUUCCCUUCUUUUCAAGUGCCAUACUACUUGCCUCAUAUGGCCCACUUGUGGCUUUACCUUUUCUUGCUAUCCUCAUACAGGGUAAUAUCUACUACCUUUAACCAAUAAAGCCCCGAGUUCAGUGACUUAAUGUUAUAAAGUUCAGUUAUUCACGUAACAGUUCAGCUUGAAUGUCCUUCCAUGAAGAAUUUCAGGGACGUAGUCUCCUUCCAUCCUGUCACUCUGCCAGCCCUUAAUGGCUUCUCUAUUGGCAAAAGGGUGAAGUGAGGGCAAAAAAGGAAUACCGCUUAAGCUCCUGGCCCUGCAGUGACACGCAUCACUGAAAUUCACAGGCCUUUGGGGAGAACCAGCUGCACGGGCCACCUGGAGGUCAAGGGAGUCGGCUCUCCCCAACAAAUACAACAGCAGGGCCAGGGAUUCCGUUGGGUGUUAGCCAUUUCUCGCCAAUGAGAUUAUAAACUUUUCUAGGGUAAGCAGGAACUCCCGUAUCAUGGUACUUGCAUAGAGGGGGUUUUGUUACAUAUUGAAAUGAGCUAGUGAUAGAACAGAAGGACAAGCGAGUAGGUCAGUGGCAUGAAGUACUUUGGGGUCAGAUGUCAGGAAGACUUACUCUGAAUCCUGCCUCCGCAAAUUAUUAACAGGGUGACUUAAGGAAGUUAUUUUUCCUGUGUUCUUCAGAUGGGGCUAUAACAGCAUCUACUUCAUAAGGCUGAUGAGAAGAUGAAGUAAGGCAUUUUGUUCCCAACAUCACCUUUGGGCACCCUGUGGUAGAAAGCCUCCGAAAGCAGCUAGGCCAGGACCCUUUCUUUGAUAUGCACAUGAUGGUGUCCAGGCCGGAACAGUGGGUAAAACCAAUGGCUGUAGCAGGAGCCAAUCAAUAUACCUUUCAUCUUGAGGCUACUGAGAACCCUGGGGCUUUGAUAAAAGACAUUCGGGAGAAUGGGAUGAAGGUUGGCCUUGCCAUCAAACCAGGAACUACAGUUGAGUAUUUGGCACCAUGGGCGAAUCAGAUAGAUAUGGCCUUGGUUAUGACAGUGGAACCUGGGUUUGGAGGGCAGAAAUUCAUGGAAGAUAUGAUGCCAAAGGUUCAUUGGUUGAGGACCCAGUUCCCGUCCUUGGACAUAGAGGUCGAUGGUGGAGUAGGUCCUGACACUAUCCAUAAAUGUGCAGAGGCAGGAGCUAACAUGAUUGUGUCUGGCAGUGCCAUUAUGAGGAGUGAUGACCCCAGAUCUGUGAUCAACCUGUUAAGAAAUGUUUGCUCAGAAGCUGCUCAGAAACGUUCUCUUGAUCGAUGAAACCGUGAGGAGUUCAGUGUUUACGCUCAUGAAAUCUUUCUCCUGGAAAACAAGAAUAUCGACUACCAAAACAUACCACAGUUGAAGCAGGGCUGUUUCUCUGAGCAGCUGUUCAUUCCAGUGACUAAAAUCUAUCCUGCAGAAUGUUCCAAGAGGUUAGAAAUUGGUGUGUAUGUCUCCAUUUUUAGUGAUGGAAUUUAAAGAUUAGUGUGGUAAAAUACCAUUUUUACUGGGAGACUUGAUUUUUAUAAGAGUAAAAAUAUGGCUGUAUUAAUAGGGUUAUAAACAGAAAUGUGUCUUAAUGCCUACUGAAGGCAUACUAGCUACUAUGAAAAAAUAUUUUUUUUCUGCAUUUUAAA